ACAAUGGUAAGAGAAUGAAAGACAAUUCACAGAUUGCGAGCAAAUAUUUGCAAAUUACGUACCUAACAAAGGACUUUUAACCAGAAUAUAUAAAGAAUUCUCAAAACUCAACAACACAAAUAACUCCCCCCAAAAUAAAAAGAUUCUAACAGACACUUUGCCACAAAAGGUACACAGAUAAAAGGCACAUGAAAAUACCUGAUUAUUCAGUAGGAAAAUGGCACACAAGAUACACUACACAUCUAUUAGCUAAAAUUAAAAGCUAACUUUUUAAAAAAUCCUACCAAACUAAGUGCUGGGGAGGAGGAGGAGCAAUUGCAAUUUUCACGCGCUGCCAGUAGGAGUACACGAUGGCACAGCUCCUUGGAUGAGUGCUUGGGCAGUUUCUUAUAAAGUGAAGCAUGCAUUUACCGGCAGACGCAUUCUGAGGUAUUUACCCAAGAGAAAUAAAAACAUGUUUACACAAAUACUUGUGUGCAAGUAGUUAUAGUGGCUUUAUUUAUAAUCACCCAAAACUAGAAACAACCCACGUUUUCCACCUAGUGAAUGAACAAAGGGGUCCAUCCAUACAGUAGAAUUAACUACAUAGCAGUAAAAAAUAUAUUAUCGAUAUUCCCAAAACAUGGGUGAAUCUCAGGCGCACCAUGCUGAGUGAAAGAAGCCAGACUCAGAAGGUUCCAUGGGGUACGAGUCCAUUUAGGGGACAGUCUGGAAAGGGCAAACUGACGGUAACAGAAAACAUGAAUGGUGGCCAGGAUUUGGGGUGGAGGAAGGCUUGACCACAGAGGGCGUGCUCGGGGACAGAACUGCAUGUAACUGUGGUCAUGGUUACACACCUGUGUGCAUUUGUCAAAUAUUUAUAGACCUGUGCACCAGAAGGGGUGAUCUUUAUGUAAGCUUUAGAAAGUGAACAAAGUGAGAAAUAAAUUCUAGAUACAUCAGAAAGCUAAAGCCCCAUUCCCACCCCAGUUCCCACCCCUCCUUGCCAAGGUCAUGGCAGUGCUGUCAUGAAAUUGGUGAGUGCCUUGCUCCCCUGUUCUUACUGUGCAUGUUUGUAUAAUCACGCUGUGUUCCAAACAUUUAUAUAAAUGGUACAAUAGUACAUGUAUUGUUUUUGCAACAUGAUUUAUUUCUCUCAACAUUGUGUUUCUGAGUUUGAUACGUGCCUAGAUCUAUUUCAUUUAUCUUCACUUCCUGUCUCUGUCGCUCGGCCGCCAUCACAAAACCCCGCGGACCGGGCCUUCAACGGCAGACCGUUGUUUCUCACGGUUCUGGAGGCUGAAGUCUGAGAUCGAGGUGGCGGCCUGCAGACGGCCACCUUCUCGCGGUGUCCUCACCGGGAGGCCAGCGACCUCUCCCCUCUCCUCCUCUUCUGUGAGGACACGGAUCCCAUCUGGGGGAUCCCUCACCUCACCCCCGCCUGGGGUCCCCCCUCCUGAUGCCAUCCCGCGGGGGGUUAGGGCUUCCACGGAGGAGUUUGGGGGACACAUUCAGUUCUUAGCACUUUUUAACAACUCAUUUAGUGUUUAAUAAUAGAGCGUUUUUGACAUUUAUUAAAAUAAACUACCACAGUGCAUAUCCUGUGCGUCUCUGUUCCCUUGUCCACACGCCUGAGGCUACACCCAGAAAUGGAGUUCCCACCUUGUACAAGGGGUGCGCACACCACACUUUAUUAUUUUUGUCUUCAUAUGAGUGUAGCGUCAUUUACAUUCCUGCGACCUCAUCACUCUUGACAGGCUUUUGUAGACCUUAGUGGUACCUCAUUGUUUUCACUUGCAUUUCCCUAGUUGCUGAUGAAGCUGAAUAUCUUACAUGUUUGUUCUCAAUUUGUUUUUCUUGUCCAGAAAUUGCCAGUAAGCCUCCUUUAUCUGUUUCUGGAGGUGGGGCUCUUUUUCAUUUUGUCUUGUCCUUGCGGGGGGCUGGCACUCUGUUUUAGUCCAAGCCUCUGGGACUUGGUCCUAUAGAACAUCCCACAUUAGGCCACAGCCAUACCACCCUGAACACGCCCAGUCUCGUCUGAUCUCAGAAGCCAAGCACGGUCGGGCCUAGCUAGUACUUGGAAGCAAGAACAUCCCACAUUUAGGAUGAAAGUGUCUAACCGUGCAGUGGUCUGGUGUUGGGCUCAACGGUUUCAGGCUGGUGACACAGCGUGGAGAGUGCCUACCAUGUGUCUGUGCUUUCUCUCGUUUCUCCUGUUUCUAGAGGGGAGGCAGGCACUGAGCGUGGCUCCUAGAUGACAGUGCUCAGCAGUGAAGUGGUGCUCCUCCUGCAGGCUGGAAAUACAGGGGCCUCCUGGGAGAGGACCGGUGGCAGAAUGGGUCCUUCCAACCACCACUAAGCCCCCGUCGGGAAGGGCAUCCUGCUCUCAGGCACCAACCCACCCUGUGUCGCGGCAGAAGGCAGCAGGGGUAGGCCCCAGUAGCACUCUGGCCUGCUCAGACCUGUGCUUCUUCCCAGGCCCCACCAUGUCCGAGCCCCAGAGCCCAGAACCGGCCCUCAGUAUACAGGGAGACUCCCCCACGGGCACGAAGGAUGAGGACGCUGCUGACGGGACCCAGCACUCACACCGCAUGCUCAGCUUCAGUGAUGCACUCCUGUCCAUCAUUGCCACUGUGAUGAUCCUGCCUGUGACCCACACGGAGAUCUCCCCAGAACAGUUUGACAGAAGUAUACAGAAACUUCUAGCAACCAGGAUUGCUGUUUAUCUGAUGACCUUUCUCAUCGUGACUGUGGCCUGGGCAGCACACACAAGACUGUUCCAGGUUGUUGGGAAAAUAGACGACACGCUUGCCUUGCUCAACCUGGCCUGCAUGAUGACCAUCACCUUCCUACCAUUCACCUUUUCCUUAAUGGUGACCUUCCCCGAGGUGCCUCUGGGCAUCUUCUUGUUCUGUAUGUGUGUGAUCGCCAUCGGGGCCGUGCAGGCGCUGGUCGUCGUGUAUGCCUUCCACUUCCCCCACCUCCUGCACCCCCAGAUAGAGCGCUCCGCCCACAGGGCCCUCUACCGGCAGCAUAUCCUGGGCAUCGUCCUCAGGGGCCCAGCGCUGUGCUUCAUGGCCGCCGGCUUCUCCCUGUUCUUCUACCCUUUGUCGUACCUGCUGAUGGCGACGGUCAUCUUCCUUCCCUACGUCAGCAAGGCCUCCAGCUGGUGCAAGGGCAGGCUUGUGGGCCCCCAAGAGCCCCCAGCUCACAGCGUGGAAUUCUUCACUUUUGACCUGCAUGAACCUCUCAGCAAGGAGCGGGUGGAGGCCUUCAGCGACGGGGUCUACGCCAUUGUUGCCACACUCCUCAUUCUGGACAUCUGCGAGGACAACGUCCCAGACUCCAAGGACGUCAAGGAGAAGUUCCACGGCAGUCUGGUGGCAGCGCUGAGCGAGUACGGGCCACACUUCCUGGCCUACUUCGGCUCCUUCGCCACCGUGGGCCUGCUUUGGUUUGCCCACCACUCGCUCUUCCUGCACAUCCGCAAGACCACGCAGUCCAUGGGGCUGCUCAACACGCUCUCACUGGCCUUCGUGGGCGGCCUCCCUCUGGCCUACCAGCAGACCUCGGCCUUCGCCCAGCAGCCCCACCAGGAGCUCGAGAGCGUGCGCGUCAGCUGCGCCAUCAUCUUCUUCGCCAGCAUCUUCCAGUUUGCCAUCUGGACCACGGCCCUGUUGCACGAGGGGGAGACGCUGCAGCCCUCGGCACGCUUCGGGGGCCACGAGCACGCGUUCAUGUUUGCCAAGCUCACGCUGUACCCCUGCGUCAGCCUGCUGGCCUUUGCCUCCACCUGCUUCCUGAGCCGGUUCAGCGCGGCCAUCUUCCACCUCACCCAGAUCGCGGUGCCCUUCGCCUUCCUGCUGCUUCGCCUCCUCGUACGCCUGGCCCUGGCCCCCCUGCGUGCCCUGCGGGGCCUCAGCCUGCCAGCACACCGGAGCGAGGACGACGCACGCGCCCCGCUCCUGCCUUCUGCCCACUAGCUCUGGGUGCGUGCCCGCCCGCCCCGGCCCACCCCGGCCCACCCCAGCCCGUUUGGUUCUUAUUUCCAUCGUUCUGCUCUAGAGCCCUAGCGAGGGUUUCUGCUUCUGCAGACAGCGCAACAGGAGCUUGGCAUCUGCGUGUCCGUCUCUGUCCUGAGCCCACAUUCUCUAUCUUCGUGAAGCCGAGCCGCGCGGGUGCUCGAGCUCCCGCUGGGAGCCCACGGCGUCAGCCCUGAGCGGGGCGUGGGUCCCCAGGCACAGAGGAGAUGGCAGGCCAGCAAUGCCCACACUGUAUUUGUCCUGGACAUAAAUUAGGCUUACAUUCAGGUAGUGACAAGGUACACAAGGGCCUGGGUGCCAAGCCCACACUGCCCCCUCUGGGCACACAGACUCACUUAAAUACAGGACAGACAGCUACAGGCCAGAACCAGCGCCAAGGCCUGCAAAGCAAACACUAAUUGCACCACCGGGGACAUCACGGUGGACACACACUUGUGUGCUGGGGGCACAGGAGUGUCCCGUCACAAAUGGCCACAACAGUGCAUGUGUGCAGUUUGGGCAGAAGCUUGGGGGACACGGGGCUGGCAGGGCGGAGCCUGGCCAGACGGCGCCGACAGCAAAGAGCCAGGACAAGUGGAGAGACGUGGUUCCUGGGCCUCGCUGGGGGGCUCUGGAGACUCCCCAGACCGACCAGGGGCCUGUCUGAGCUCAGCGUGGUGGGGGCCUGGGCGUCUGGUCAGCCUGACAAGCGCUGGGAAUGGGCAUGCUGAUUGUUCACAAACAGGUGAUUAAAGCUGGCUCCUCCCCACGUCA